AUGUCGCAAUUUCUCUUUUCACGGACGCCCGCGCUGCGGCACGUAGCGCAGCGGUCCAUCCCCGCCCAGUUCCGCGCCUCAUACCAUAGACAGGCGCCGCCGAAAAUGGCAUCGGGCGCAGCGCCCAUCCGCACGCUACUACGUCAGACGACGCUGCGUGCAAGCGCCAUAGCAGCACAGCGCACCUCGUACCCUGCGUCGCAGCAAUUCUCCGUGCAGACGUAUACGCAGCAGCGGUCGCGUUCGCCGUCGCCGCCCCCACCGUACCAGGCGCGCAACACGUCGAUACUUGCGGCGCCGGGCCAGUGGACGCGGUUCAGCUCGCCGUAUAAUACGGUUUCUUCGGUGCGCACCUUCACAUCCUCCGCACAUGCUAAGCUCGCUGCAUCCACGGCGGAAGCCCCGUCAUCGCUAUCGCCAGAGUCACAGCAGGCGGUCGAGGCAGCGAUCGAGGAGAUACAGGAGUUGUAUGGGACUGCGAGGGACGAGUUCGAGAUUGCGUCCGAGGAGAGCGAGAAGAAUACUACGUAUGCGCCUGAUGAUCGGGCUGCGGCACGAGAAGAGCUAGAUCGAUUGUUGGAGUUUUACAAGGGCGUUUUGGAAGGCGAGGAUCAGGCGGUUGCGGAUGAGGUGAAGAGGAGGGUGGGACAGCGGAUUCGAGAGUUGGAGAACGCAGUUUUGGCUAUGGAAGAGGAGGCCUUGCACGGCGACUAG